AUGGACGAAAAUGGAUGUCGCCUCGCACUCCACGAGUCUCCUGAUGUUUUAGCCAAGAAAGGUGUGAAACGCUUUGUUGCCCCAGAACAUUGGGAAAAUGUUACCAUUGUCUCAUGUGGGAAUGCAAUUGGACAGGUUAUUCCUCCUAUGAUACUUUUCAAAGGAAAGCGACGCAAGCCAGAACGGGGAGACUAUUUGCCACCUGGGACUGCAGUAGAAAUGACAGAUAAGGGCUCAAUGAAUACUGCGACAUUCAUCAAAUGGAUACAUCAUUUUGCCAAAUACAAGCCUGCAAAAGAUGUUAUUUUGAUAUUUGAUGGAGCACCGUCACAUUUGGACCCGAAAAUUUGCGACGUUGCUGAAGAGCACAAUAUCAGACUUUACUGCUUGCCCACCAACACAACACAUGAGCUGCAACCCAUGGAUAAAUCAGUAUUCAAGCCGUUUGAGUCUUACUGGGAUGACGAAGUUCAGCUGUACUGGUCUACACAUGAAAGGGAAGAAAACAGAGCAAUUAAUAAACGUUUGUUUGGAAAAAUCUUCAGCAAGGUGUGGCCAAAAGCAACAUCCCCAGUAAAUGUCAUGUCUGGAUAG